GUAGGUAUUACGUCUCAGAUGUGUCAGAGGGAGUCAGGGCGAGUCUCGACUGCAGACAUCGUCAACGCGGCCAGGAUGCUUAUCAGCAUGAAAAGAAACCAUCGUUUUUCUCUCAACGGUUCUGCAGUGACAGGAGUGUGACCGCUCAGAUCGACACAGACACACAUCUGAAACGAAGACUUUACGUGCAACUUUUGUCUUUGCGCUCGACGUCGUUCUGCUCUUAUUUUUACUCAAAAACAAAAUCCUCACACCUGACGUGAAUCCGCCAUGUCUGGGAAGGAGCGCAGCCCCCGCCAUCGGCCAUGGUCGGUCUACCGGGCCAACACGUUUGAUCUCUCGUCUGAGAUGAUGGGGUUGGCUCUCUCAGGAAGCAGUCAGGACCCAGAUGAGCCAGUGCUGGAGUUCAGCGUGGCCUGCAGUGAGCUGGUGACUCCUGCACUGGACCGUAAGCCAACCAGCUUUGUGGCCGUCAGCUGCACCACUCCACCCCAGGCCUUCUGGACCAAACACGCUCAGACUGAAAUCAUAGAGGGCACCAGUAACCCCAUCUUCCUGAGCAGCAUAGCAUUCUUUCAGGACUCCCUGAUCACUCAGCAGACGCAGGUCAAGCUUUCUGUGUAUGAUGUAAAGGACCGCUCACAGGGCACGAUGUACAUGCUUGGUUCUGCCAUGUUCUCUGUGAAGGAGCUGCUGCAGGACAAACACCACAGACUGCACCUGACUCUCAGGUCAGCGGAGAACGAGCGUGUGGGCAACAUCACUGUCAUUGCCUGGCAGAUCGAGGAGAAACGUGAGCAGAGAGCUCCAGUCGCAAGAUUACAGAGGGGGGAUACUGUUAAUGGAAGGAUGGUUCUCCCUGUUGAUGAAAGCCUAACUGAAUCCAUGGGCAUCAAAUCCAAGUCUUCGUCUUUGUGCAAAGAUCCGCUGCUAAAGGCUGUGUUCGGCGGCGUCAUGUCACGGACGUACCGUUUCCCCACUACGGACGGUAACCACCUGCGGAUCCUGGAGCAGAUGGCAGAGAGCGCGCUCUCCCUGCAUAUUCCUCGACAGUAUGUCAAACUGUUGCUGGAGGAGGACGCUGUCAGGGUGUGCGAGCUGGAAGAACUGGGUGAGCUGUCUCCAUGCUGGGAGAACCUCAGGAGGCAGAUCAUUACUCAGUACCAGACCAUCAUCCUCACCUACCAGGAGACCAUAAGUGACCUGCAUGAAUAUAAGGGUCCUUCAUUUAAGUCUAGCACCUUGAAGGCUGAGAGGAAGUUGGAGUUCAUUCCCACUAACCUGCAUAUCCAGAGGAUGAGAGUACAGGGAGAGUCUGGUUACGACUGGACAUAUGAUGUAGUGACUAUCGGUGCGCCUGCAGCACAUCAUCAAGGCUUUAAAGGCUGCGGCCUCCGAAAACUGGUGCACAAGCUGGAAGAAGCCAGGAAACAAACCCAUGGAGAGGACAGCUCUAAAGGAAUGGCAUACCAGCCUCAGGAUGUUGUAAAAGCAAAGGAGCUGAUCGGUCAAAUUAACACUCUAAAGACACAAGUGUGUUACUACACCGAACGUCUGUCCCGAGCUGCCAAGGAACGCUCAGCCAAUGCUUUGGAGAGAACUCUGGCCAUCCUAACAGAGAAGACCCGUCAGCUGGUGACCGUGUGCGACUCCAAGCUGCUGUCCACAGCCAUCAUCGCUCUGGCAGCUGCCCGCCCAGAGUUCUCUCAGCAAAACACCCCAUCGCCUUCCUCCUCCUCCCUCUCGCCCUCGUCUCGCUCGCCAUCUCGCUCUCCCUCUCGUCACCCUACCUCCCCGUCCCGUGCCGCCACCUCACCCUCUCGCCACACAGUUCCUCUGGAGGGCAGCGAAGGGGCUAAAAACAAGCGCGCUUCCAUGCAGGCAGAUUUGCAUGAAGAGGAAUGGGAGAAGAUUUGGCUAAACGUGGAUAAAAGCCUGGAGUGUGUGAUCCAGAGAGUGGACAGGCUGCUGCAGCGAGACAAACUCCAGAGUGACAGCAGCUCCGAGGACGUCUUCCUGCUGGCCAAUGAAGAGCCAGGCAGCGCUAAGAAAGUUGCAGAUAGCAGCCCAGAGGUUGAAAAGUCGUCCCCAGGAGAGUGGAGCGAAGCGCUAUAUCCUCUCCUCACCACGCUGACAGAUUGUGUGUCUCUGAUGAGCGACAAAGCCAAGAAAGCCAUGGUGUUUCUGCUGAUGCAGGACAGCGCCCCCACCAUCGCCAUGAGCCUCACCAUGCAGUACCGGCGCGAUGUCGUCUUCUGCCAGACGCUCACCGCUCUGAUCUGCGGCUUCAUUUUAAAGCUGAGGAACUGCCUCUGUGACUCAGGCUUCCUCAGGCAGCUGCACACCAUCGGCCUGCUGGUGCAGUACGAGGGCCUGCUCAGCACUUACGGUGAGGAGCUGGCCAUGCUGGAGGAUAUGAGCAUCGGCGUGAUGGACCUGAGAAAUGUCACCUUUAAAGUCACCCAGGCAACUUCGGGUUUCAGCCCCGACAUGCUGCCCGUGAUCACGGGAAACAGGAGCGGCUUUAACGUCAGGGUCCCGAUGCCUGGAGCGAUGUUCGACACGCUGCCACGAGAGAUUCAGAACGGGAUGCUGCUGCGGGUGCAGCCCGUCCUGUUCAACGUCGGCAUCAACGAACAGCAGACUCUGGCUGAGAAAUUCGGAGACACAUCACUGCAAGAUGUCAUCAACAUGGAAAGCAUGACCCGCCUCAGCUCGUACUAUGACCAGUUUAAAGAAGUCCUUCCAGAGGACUGUCUCCCUCGCUCACGCAGUACCACCAGCGUGCCCGAGCUGCUCAAACUGCUGAGCCAGAACGUGAACGCCAAGAAAAACAAGAAUGUGGAGAUCCUGUGGCAAGCAGCUGAGGUAUGUCGCCGCUUGAACGGAAUGCGUUUCACCAGCUGUAAGAGUGCCAAGGACCGCACAGCCAUGUCUGUGACCCUGGAGCAGUGUCAGAUCCUGCAGCAGGAGCACGCCCUAGCCCCACAGGUCUUUUAUCAGGCCUUGGAUUGUAUGCGGAGUGAGGGCUGCAGGAGAGAGAACACCAUGAAGAAUGUGGGAUGUCGUAAAUAUGCCUUUAAUGCUCUCCAGCUCAAGGCCUUUCCCAAACAAUACCGCCCUCCAGAGGGGACAUAUGGGAAGGUCGAGACCUAAGUGGACUCUUCUAUUUGGCAGAAACCAAAAGACUGAAAGGGGAUAAUGAUGAUGGCACUACACAAAGAAAAGUACCAACACAAACUGGAACAGCGGCCCUUUGUUCUGUGCUUAGUCACUGUUAAGAUAAUAAAUGUCCAAGUGCCAGUGCUUACUGUAGAUUGUUUUAUAGCAGACUCCCCUCUCCUCUCAGUAGUAUUAGAAUCAAACACUUUGCACGCACACACACACACACGCACACUUCACAGCCACAGUCAGCUUUCUGUGUUACAUUGUAGCCAGUGUGCAGACAGCAUUUGCUACUGUACCAGUUGUAGCAUCAGGAAGCACACAGCCUCUCUGGAUUCAUUUCGAUUUUGUCUCCUUAAAAAGGAGAUGUGCAAAAGUCUUAAACCUUUUAGAAGAAUGAUGUGGCACACAGAUCUAUUUGUAAUCAGCUGAGCAGCUGUUAUUUGAUGCCGUCACACUCUCAGUUAAGAAAUGAGAGUGGUGAUGAUCUAUGUUUUUUUCUUACUGUCAACAAAUUUGAUGCAGAAACAAAAUAUCAACAAAAAGAAAUAAAAACCAUCAGUAUAUUAUCUGCACAUCCAGUGCAUUAAGCCAGUUUCAGACGUGGGAUGAAUACUGGAUUCAUCAAUCUGUGAAAGCGUCACUUUACUGUUAAGGUUCAUCACACCUUCAUUCAGACACACCCACAUCCACAACAAAAUACUUUCAGCUACUCCCUCAUCACAAGGGAGUGCUACAUGACUGAUUUGGCAGUUUUACAUCAGAUGUCCUUCAUGACACAAUACCAAAGGGGAUUUGGGGCCUCCAGUUGGAAUUCAACCAGCAACCACGUUUGCCAAGCAAAUGUGUAAGCUACUACAGUAUGGAGCUGGUUUACUAUUGUGGAGAUGCUGCUGUGGUGUUUUAGGUAGUGGAGCAAAAAGAGUUUUGUUUUUUUUCUGAAGUCUGUCUGUUAUAAUCAAAAGCCUAAAAAAUGUUGAGCCAAGCCCAAAGUACAGUACUAUAAAAUAAAUUGGAAAAUAACAUGUUUGAGAAGAUUUUUUAGGGUUUAAGGGGUUCUUUCUGUGGAAUUUUUUCACAGUGGAAAACAUAAAGACCAGUUUCCCCCUUUGAGGCAACACAAGAUAAAAGAACACUGUUUUUGAUCUACGUAAUAACGUGAGGCUGUUUUUCAAAUAUGAAACCAAAAGAGAAGCUGCCCACUAACAGAAGCUAGUAAGCUGUGACAGGACACAAGCUGACUGCUGCCGGCUGGAGCUGCCUACAUGUAACUUUAACUCGUGCUGCUUUAUAUCCACCGUAGGCAAAACGCAAGACAAUAAAGUUUAUUUAGAACUUGUUAGAGAUAUUUCUCGGGACCUGUACUGCUCUGCAGGAUGACAGCUGUUAAAAUCAGAGAACUUAUUAAUUUAUUUUUCCUUUAGGCUCUUGUCUCUACAUCUUUCUACAAACACAUGAAUAUUCUGCACCACAUCACUCUACAACAAGCACAGAUCUUUAAUGAGUGCAGUAUAUAUCUGACACUGCUCUGACAUUUAUAUUGAAAUGAUGUCUUACCUAACUUCUAGGGUUCUUUUGAUGCUACGCAAAAAGCAUUAAAAGGAGAACUGGCUGACAAAUUGUGGGUUUCAGAGUGGGGCACCACAUUAUCCUACAACUCUUAACAUAUCUAAGGAAACGUAGGACAUUUCUGCAGGAUCAUAUGCAGCACCAUAGUGGUUUGAUAGCCCUUCAAACUUAGGUUUUUAUUAAUUAAAGCCGUUUGUGUUUUCAGUCCUCGGAUGAAUUAUGCAGAACUUCAUGAUUGCAAUUAGAUUAAAAAAAAAAAAGUCGCUAUUUUAUCUGCAUGAAAAGAUCUUCAGCUAGACACUAUUGCAAAUGUACAUCAUUGCAGUUUUGCAGUGAUCUGUGGAAUAUUUGCAAUUUUGGCUAUCAACGAGCACUUAAUAAAGCUUUUUAGACUUCAGUGAAAUAAUGCAUAUUGCAUUAUUGUACUAACCAACACCUCUUCUCUUUUGUUUUGUGUUUAACAGCUCUGUGCUAAAAUGUAUAAUGUGCAAUACUUGCAGAGAAAGGGAUUUUAUUUUGAAACUGUUAUUUCUGUUAACAUGGCUGGUGCUGCCAAAUGCUGUUAUAGUUUCAUCCUUUGUUCUCGAGUAAGUUAUGACUUUGUUCUGAUUAGUUGUACAUGCACACAGAAUGAAUGGGUUGCUUGGGAGCAACCUGCACCCCACAGAGGUAUAAACUGAACCUGGAUAAUGAAUAAAGGCUUA